CUCAUUUUCGAUCGACGGGGGUGAUGCUCGGACAAGUGCAACGCCGAGGCUUCUCGAGCCUGAAGAAGACUGCUCUCUUUGACCUCCACAAGGAGUUGGGCGGCAAGAUGGUCGACUUUGCCGGGUACUACAUGCCUGUGCAAUACCCCGCCGGCAUCUUGAAGAGCCACAACCACACUCGUACCAAGGGGAUGGCGUCGCUCUUUGAUGUGUCCCACAUGGGCCAACUCAAGAUCACGGGCAAGGACCGCGUCCGCUUCUUGGAAUCGAUCGUUGUGGGGGACAUUGCGUCCCUGACGAGCGGUGAAGCCAAGUUGAGCUUGAUCACGAACGACAAGGGCGGGAUCAUUGACGACUGCGUCACCACCGCGUACGACGAUCACUUGUACGUUGUCGUGAACGCUGGCAACCAAGACAUCGAUUGGGCGCACAUGCAAUCGCACUUGGCCAAGUUCAACGGCGACGUCAAGCUCGAAAAGAUCACGGACCGAUCGUUGGUGGCGUUGCAAGGCCCUGGUGCCGCCGAAAUCGUGUCGGCCCACUUGCCUGCCUCGGUCAACCUUGCUGACAGCAACUUCAUGACUGGCCAGUUCACCCACCUCCUCGGUGCGGACGUGAUCUUGACUCGUUGCGGCUACACGGGCGAAGACGGGUUCGAAGUGUCCGUCCCAUCGUCCCAAGUUGAAUCGUUCACGCGCAAGUUGCUCGCGGACGAACGUGUGUUGGAAGCGGGUCUCGGCGCCCGUGACAGUCUUCGAUUGGAAGCUGGUUUGUGCUUGCAUGGCCACGACAUCACGCCGGAAACGACCCCCAUCGAAGGCGCGUUGGCAUGGACGAUGAGCAAGCGCCGCCGCGAAGAAGGCGGGUUCCCUGGUGCCGACAUCAUCUUGGACCAAUUGAACAACAAGACGUUCACCAAGAAGCGCGUCGGGUUCACCGUUGACGGCGCGCCCGCCCGCGAAGGUGCCGAAGUUUACAACCCCCAAGGCGAACGCAUCGGGACGGUCACGAGCGGCACAUUGAGCCCAACGUUGAAGCAAUCGUUGGGUAUGAUGUACGUGACCAAGGGCAACUUCAAGAUUGGGACGGAAGUCCACAUCAAGGUCCGCAACAAGAUGCAAAAGGGCAUGGUCGCCAAGAUGCCGUUCGUCGAGCCGGGCUAUUACAAGAAGGACUAGGUGCCGUGGACGCCCCGUCUGCCGAACGCAACGAAGUCAUGUCGACAUGGUGUACUUGUUGAAUUAUCGUAUGAUCAUGAACGGCAUCACUUGGCUCUCGAAGAA